ACACACACACACACACACACACACACACACACACACACACCCCAGAGCACCUGAGGUUAUAGGAAGGAUGUCUCCCUUUCCCUUGUCUUCAGGAUAGAUUCUUUUUGAAGCAAACACCUUUGGAAUCAAUGAUCAAACCCUAGUGAGAAAUGACCAUCCUCCCCAUGGAAUUGAAGAAUCAUAAGAGUUGGAAGGAACCCCAAGGGUCAUUUAGUCCAACCCCCUGCAAUGUAGGGAUCAAUCAAAUUGCAGGGCUGGAUUGGUGUGGCUGGACCUCCCUCUGGGGGGUCUGUGUAAAGCGGUAAGCACUGCUGUGGCUAUUUUCAGUGUCUGGUUUUGUUGUGGUUUUGUAUCAGCUGUGCCUGAGACAGGGUGGUAGAUUUUAAGUGCUCUCCAGGAAAAAGCACAUCUGGCCUGAAGCACUGUCUGUCCGUCUGUCUGUCUGUCUGUCUGUGCCUCUGGCAAUCCUCCCUAAGUCAAGCUGCUCUUGCAAAGGAUUUCCAAAGCUGUUGCUUGUGUGGGUCCUGUGCCGGGAACAAUGUGAGAAAAGCUUGAGGGGGGGCGGAAGGGGAAGCACCCACUGGACGGGAGCAUUUCCUCUCUAUUGUGUGGCUCACCCUGGCCUCUUUCUGUGUUGAUUCUGACCAGCUGGUGGACCUUAACAGUUGUGCCUAUUAGCUUGGCAGCGGCAAAGUUGGCUGUCCGUGCGCACAUGGCGGUGUGUGUACAUGCGAGGAGGGGUUCGCGAUUUGGGAUUCCUUUAUUCACAUCUAUCUGCUGUAGAGUCAGUGGCAGCAGGCUGCAAGGCAGUUCAGAAGCUGGCGAAUGGGAAACUGGUCAGAAGUCAUUUUCCGUGCAAAUUGUCGAUGUUUCUGGAGGAGAUAGAGACACAUCUACCACCGGAGAAGUUCUUUCCUCAUCAAGCCAUUAUUAGGAGAUGAUGAAGAACAUGGAACUGGCUGGGGAGAAGCUGAGGAAGGAGCUGGAAGAGGAGUUGAAACUGGGCCCCGAGCAACUUCGCAGCCACGCCUGGUACCACGGCUGUCUGCCACGGCAGGAGGCAGAGUCUCUACUGCAGGAUGAUGGAGAGUUCCUCAUUCGUGACUCACGGUCCAGCUCCGGCGACUACGUCCUGUCGUGCCGCUGGGGCGGCCAGGCCCUGCACUUCAAGAUCAUCCGCGUGGUGCUGCGCCCCCGGAAGGGCUAUUCCCGCACCCUCUUCCAGUUUGAGCAGGAGCAGUUUGACAACGUUCCCGCCCUGGUGCGCUUCUACGUGGGCAACCAGAAGGCCAUCUCGGAUGCCUCGGGAGCCGUGGUGUCCCGCCCUGUCAACAGGAGCGUGCCCCUCCGCUGGCUGAAGGAGCGGUACAGCGACACUGGCCAACCCCCGGGGCCAGGCAAGGAGGACAGGGUGCCCCUUCGGCGCUUCAGCUUCCGUGCAGCUGCAAAUGCGGAGGAGAUGGGAGACGGGAGCUUGCUUCGGACAAAAGAUCGAAGUGGAAGCGACCCCAGUAGUCUAGAUCAGUUGGACCGGAAACCGUCCUUGCAUGGUGCCCAGUCAGACAGCAAUUUGCUGACAGGUAGCCCAGAAACAUCACCUGGAGCCCAGGACCGGAGCCAGCCAGCUCCCCUGUCUCCUGCCUUCCGCACGGGCAGCGACCCUGUCCUGCGGCCCAAUGCCCUGAAGCCUCGCCCACUGGGAGGUCCGCCACUGAGCGGCUCUGAGGGGCGGCUCCACUCCAAGGCUCCACCCAAACCUUUGAGGGCCCCGUCCAUGCUGGUGAGCGACUACUGCGAACUGGUUCCCAAGGCUCCCGAAGGCCCUGGGAGCCACGUGGAACGUCUACGGAAGGAAGAACGGUGGCGGGGCCAGGCCUACAUCACAGAGACAUCCUUUGGGUUCCUGGACACGGACGGGGCACCUUCUACCCUCCCCCACACGGCGGUGGCUGCCGAGGAGCCAGGAUUCGAAUGGCCCCUGGUAGAGACCACCUCCUCCUUCCAGCCUCGCCACUUCAAGUCGCUGCUCUUGGCCCCUGACAACAAACCCCUGGAGCCCAGUGCCCUAAAGCGCCUCAAGGACCUGUUUGCCCAGCACGACGGCCAGGCAACUGCCCUUCACAUUCUCCAGGUGGACUGCCAGGUUGCCAGAAUCAUUGGAGUAUCCAAGGAGCAGCAACGGGCAAUGGGGGUCAGCUCAGGCCUGGAGCUUAUAACCCUCCCUCAAGGGCAUCAGUUGCGGCAAGACUUGCUAGAAAGGCACCACCUCAUCGCUCUGGGCAUCGCUGUGGACAUCCUAGGCUGCACAGGGUCCGCAGCUGAGCGGGCGGCCACUCUGCACAAGAUCAUUCAGCUGGCGGUAGAGCUGUGGAAGUCAGCAGGGGACCUCUUUGCCCUCUCUGCUGUGAUGAAAGCCUUGCAGCUGCCGCAGAUCACACGGCUGGAACAAACAUGGAGGCACCUGCGCCAGAACCACACGCAGAGCGCCAUCACUUUUGAGAAGAUGUUGAAGCCUCUCAUGGGGUGCCUGAACCGGGCUGAAGGGAAUUCAGUCCCCUCCCUGAAAGAGGUUGCAGUUCCCCACAUCCUGCCCCUCCUCUGCCUUAUGGAAGGAGAAGAAGCCUGGGGUAGCAAUGAGGAGACCUGUGAUGCUCUUCUACGGACAUUGGAAGCAGCUCGGUUCAUGGCCACCAACGCCAGUGCCUACCGGAUCAGUGCUGAAGCAAAGCUCCAAGGGUUCCAAGGAACUCCAGAACUCCUGGAAGCAUUCCAGACUGAGUUUUCCCUCCGCUUAUUCUGGGGCAGCAGGGGAGCCGAUGUGGACCGGGUGGAGAGGCACAAGAAAUUUGAACAGAUCCUGACUGUCCUUUCCCAGAAAUUGGAAUGAACGGGACUAAGAGUUUUGCACUCCUGACACACCAGCUGGGAUGCAGGCAGGGAAUGGCAAAGAGUAAUUUGUCAAGAAGCCAAAGGAAGAAGCGCCUGCUGCUUCUGGGAGUACACUUCCGGGACUGGAAGGCGCAGACGGCAGCGUUCGCAAGGAGCCGAGACUUUUCGGUGAGAUAGACGUUCCUUCUAGGAAACGGCCGUCUUUCUAUGCUACCUGAGGCCAUUGGUGCCUUUCCCAGCCUUUGAGAAUACAGGCUGCCUUUGCUGGAGACUGAACAGGUGGAAAGCCGUCAAAGGCCUUUGUUACUACUAUGUGGUGGUGGAAGCAUUCUGUUCCCAUCCUACUCUAGUUAGAAUGCCGAUUAAGAAUGCUACAGGUGGGGAAAUCUGAGAUUACAGGCAUGGUUUUAGAACCCAGGAAGUUACACUUUACACACCUCUUCUGUUGGACCAAGGCUGCUGAAACUUAGCGCCGGAUUAGUGGCAUUUGCCGAAUACUGAUGUUGGAAGGUGUCUCCCCACUCCAAAAUUAAAGGAGGUACUUGAGGAAUUGUUCUUUCUAGAACUGGAUGUAAUUAAUCUUAAGCAGUUGGGCACCCCCCCACCCCAAAAAACCCCCCUCAAGUUACAAAACUCCUUCAUCUCACCGCAGCUCUGCUGUAGAAAUUGGUAAAUGGUGGUCUUCCAGCAACCCAUAACCUAAUUCUGGGGGGCUGCCGGCUGAUGGGAGGCUGAAGGGCCCCGGGUCUCCUAACACCCUUGCUUUGCUAAUUGCUGUUUCAUAAUUUGCUGCCGUCUAUGCCAUAGAGGCAGCUUAUGAUAAAGAGGGGGCAGAAA